CCAACGGUUUAAUUGACACCAGAAAUAUCCAAUUAACAAUAUCAUUGUCAACCAGGACAGCAGAAGCGCCAAUGACAGAGUGGCAGACGUGGGGGUUCAGCUGUAAGGUUGCAGCGAACCUGGCCGGCCGGCCAACAAUAAGGUCAGGUAGGGCUGUGCAGGCAGGGGUUAGUGCGGGCAGUCGCUGUGCCUUCUUCAGUGUCUUCGACUGAAAUGGAGAAUAAUAUUGUUGAGGAUUUCAUUCAAAUUAUUUAAGUAAUUCCUGAGAUCAUCGUUGCCUUUAUCUACUAAAAUGGCUCAAAGGCAUUGCUAUCUUUACUUAGUUUUGUUGUGUACUGGUCAGUUCAGCAUCCUCGAUGGUACAAAGAUACUUCCCAAUACAAACCAGCAGCACUUUGUCAAUAUUCUGCAGACCGGAAAACCUUCUUUGAUAUACUUCAAAAGGACAACAAACCCAUCAAUCAGCCUUUUCCUUCAACAGCUAGAAAAGUCAUCAGAAUCACUUGAGGAGUAUGGCAUCACAGUGGCUCAGGUUGAUUGCACCACAGAAAAUGUGCCAAAAUAUUGUGAAAAUAACGAUGUCCUGAAGAAAGCAUACCUUUUCCGGGGUAAUAUAAUGCUUCGGAGCUUUGCAAUUGAUGCAUUAUUUGAUGUGGAUGCAAUUGUAGCAAAUGUAUUAUUUGUCUUGCUAUUCAAUGAAAUAAAAUAUGUGUCCUCAUUGGUGGAUCUCCAUGACAUUGAAAAUGAUAUGAAAGGACGAGGUGAUGUCGUAGUUACAUUUGUACGAGCAAUAGGAGUUCCAGAGCAUAGAGCCAUAAUGGAAACUGCUUUUGUUUACGGUGCUAAGUAUCAAUUUGUAUUAACCACAGAACAAAGUAUUUUGGAAGACUUAGAUUUGGAAGAUUCAGAUAAACUUUCAGCAAGACUUUGGUUCUGUCAUUGCAAGAUGGUCGUAGAUAGAACUCAACCAUGCAAGAGAUUCUUCCUUGAACAGCCACUAACCACUGUGAAUAUACAUUCCUAUCUCAAAGUGCUGGAGGCUCCGCUUGUGGUGGAGUCUUCUGUUGGACCAGAAGAGGUCUCUACAGUGCAUACGCAGUUAAAAAUGCCAGUUGUAUUUCUUUUCACACAAAGAGAGACAUAUAAACAUGACCGAAUAACUGCAGAAUCUGUAGCCUGGCAGCUACUUGGAAAAGCAGGAGUUGUUUUAGUGCCAAGGGCCCAGCUGCAGUCUAAUGUGCCAGAAGAUGUUACUGUAGGCUUCAGAUCUGCUGGAGGAGAUUCAUCCAUCAGCUAUUUAGUUGUGACAUCUGUUGAAGAAAUUGUUGACGUAGUCAAGAGUGAAGGGAAACAUACAUCAACUUCAGAAGCAGAUGAUGAGGAGGAAAGUGAAGAUGUGGAUUUCAGAGGUAUUCAAGAUGACGAAGUAGCAGAAGCUAUCUACAGAAAUGGAUGGAGAGAACUUGACGUAGACUUAAUUCCAGCGCUAACAGACAGAAGUUUUCCUCAAAGUUUAUUGGCAACUCCCCAUGUUGUGGUGCUCUUCUAUACUGCUUGGGAUGCUGUAUCGAUGGUAUUUUUGCAAUCCUAUCUGGAAGUUUCUACCAGACUUGCAGACCUAAAGGACCUUUCACUGUCUCGGGUUAACUGUGGAGAUUGGCCAGAUAUCUGUUCAAAUGAGAAUGCCACACAGUUGCCUGUUGUGAAAAUUUAUAGUCCAGGAAAGGACCCUUUAUUCUACACCGGAAUGUUGGGAGCACAAAAUUUGUUGAAGUUCAUUAUGCUAAGCAGACUAGCUAAUCCUGUCCAAUUAACAACAAUGGAAGAUAUUGAAGCUUAUCUAAGUGGGGAAUUACAUGGUGAUCUCAAACCGUAUCGGCACAUUUCUGUUGUAGGAUUAUUCAGUCCAGACAUGGAAAAAGAGCAUGAUGACUUUGCUAAAGCAGCAAAUUCCCUGAGGGGCAUUGUGGUUACUGGAUGUUAUGUAGGGAAUGACAAUCCAUAUCUCUCCCAGAGAUUUGGUGUGGUUCCACCAGCUCUUGUGUUUGCGAAGCAUGAUAAGUCUCACAUAGAAGGUGUUCAGCUCGAGAAAUCUAACACUAAAGAUAUUGAAUCUGCAAUCAAAAGUUCCAUGUUGGAAAACUUUCCUGAACUCACAGUGGAAAACCUCCCUUCUUACUUCCAACCACUGAAACCAUUACUCAUUCUAUUUAUUGACAAUGAUGACACCAUAACCAUGAAAGCAAAGAAAGAACUUGCAGAGUUUAACAAAUUAAGAAGUACGAAGACUUAUACCACAUGUUGGAUUGAUCUGCGAAACACACAAGUUGGAGAAGAGAUCCUUCAACUAUACUUGAACUACCUCCCACAGCUACCAGCUCUCAUCUUAGUGCAGCUUGGCUCUGGAAACCAUGUGUUUGCAUUUCCUGAAGGGCAGGUUAUUUCAAGAGUGAAUGUGCUUCACUGGCUAAAGAAGGUGCAGGUGGGACAGGAGCAACCCAGCAAUCUCCUGCAAGAUAAGGAGUGGACACCCCCACAAACCGCUUAUGACUUUCUCGCCAUUAUGGAUAUUGUACGUCCUGGAUUUGCAAAGCAGAGGACACCCAAUUCUGCAAAGCAGGUUGAUGCCUAUGAGGAUGAAGACGAGACAGAACUGACGAACGAUCCUCAUGAGGAAGAGGAUCACACAGUAUCAGCUGCAGAGCCUAAAGGAGAGUCCUUGCCCGAGACAUUGCCCAGACCUCCAGUUCAGGGCAAGAAGACGCAGCUCAAGGUUCACAGUGAACUAUAAUAAGAAAGCAGAAUUCACCUAAUAUCUCAGGCUGUUAUCCAGCAUCAUUGUUUUUCUUGUCAGAAGGAUAACAUAAUAUGCACCUGAACAUUAUAUGGCAAAGCAUGUAACUCACUGCAUAAUAAACUUGAGUUAAUCCUGCAAAACAAUUCAGCAUUUUCUGUACAAGCUAGGCAAAAAAAACUCAAGCCGUUUCCAUUCGAGGUAUUGUCAUUUCCUGGAUGUCAAACCAUCAUAUAUCCUUUCAUACCCUAACAUAUAUACACAUUUUGGAAAACAAAUAAAACUGCAGAUGCUGGAAUCUGAAACAGACAGAGAAAUGCUGGAAGAACUCAGCCAGUAAAUCAGUAUCUAUGGAAAGAAAAAAACAGUCUACGUUUCAGGUCAGUGACCCUUCCUCAGAAGUGAGGAGGUGGGAGGAUAGGGAGGAGAGUGCAGGGUUAACAGUUUAAAAUCAAAAUUGAGAGGCAGGAGUGAGAUGUAAGGCAAAAGACCAUAUGGAGAUGGGUUAAGAAAGAGCAGGUGAUAAGGAGCAUGGGAGCAUAAGUAUUGAAACUCUUAGAGACACUUUAAAAUGUGUUGCUAAUGGUCACUACGCAUGCUCUUUAUCCUCUGAUCUGUCUUAACCUAUUCCAGAUGCAGGGUUUUGACCCAAAACAUUGACAAUUCUUUUCCUCCCACAGAUGCUGCCCAACCCACCGAGUUCCUCCAGCAGAUUGUUUGUUGCUCCAGAUUCCAGCAUCUGCAUUCUCUUGUGUCUUCAUUAAUUUGCCUUCAUACAAGCUCUUGUCUUGCUCCUCGCUCCUUCCCCCAGAUCUGCUUUUAAACAGUAAACUCUCCACUCUCCCCGUUAGAUGUGAGGAAGGGCUGCUGACCCAAGAUGCUGACUGGUUUCUCUUUCCACAGGUGCUGCUUGACCUGCUGAGUUUUUCCAACAUUACUGUUUAUGCACACAUUUUGCUUAUUUAAUAUUAGAAAAUAAUUGGCUGUGCAAAAUUAGUAAAAAGAGAGAUGCAAGUUUGCAUUUAAGCAAACCUAGCAGUUCCAGGUUGGCAUAGAUUUGAUUAGAUUAUAAAUUUCUUUCUUGCUCUGAUUUCCUGACUGGAUGAAUUUAAUAGGUUAUGCUGAACAACCCUUGUCAUUUCUCUCCUCAA